CAACAACUCAAUACUCUAUUCGAUUCAUUCAACAAAGCAUUGUGAACAACACCCUAUCAAUCGGGUAGCCAUCCAACUCUUAACCAUGAUAGACCAGCUAACAGAAGCAGCCCUAAAGAAAGAAGAUACCGUAAGCGGGGAAACCGUAGAGAGUGAGGGCAGACCGGAGGCACCGGAUGAGAAAUCAGACUGCGUUAAUAUGAGAGAGCCUGGCAAGGAUUCAGUAAGGGUUCCUUCAGAGCGUACUCAAGCUGAGAUAGCGAAAGAGAGUUCAAUCAGUGCUGUUACCACCAACGAAGACAAGCUUGCUGAAUUCCGCCAAGAGGCGACGGAUGCAACGGACAAGAAAUCCAAAGUCCCAUCAAGCGCCCUUGAACCUACCACCAUUGGUGAAAGUCCUACCACAGAGUCAGACCCUGAAAGACAAGCCUUUCACGAGGGCCUUGCAGCUGGCAUCCAGCCAAUGCCCCUUCAACAUAAUACGGGUAGCCGCGAUGAUACUCCAGGUGCCUAUGCCGUCUUGUCAUCGAGGAUUCGCUUUGUCCCUCGGCCGGAUCAGAAUAUUAGUGAGGUGAGCCCGCUACCUGAGGAUCAUCAAGAGAUUGCUGCUUCCAACGGUGAGGGUGGUUCGCCACAACUUGUCGAGGCUGAGCUUGUCGUCACAGAUGGCGAUGUGGAGGAGGGAGUGAACAAUGCAAAAUCUGAUGACGGAGAUGUUGUGGUGGUGGCAGUUCAAGACGAUGCAAAACCGCAAGAAAAAACGGCCAAAACUUUCCAUUUUCUCCUGGUGAUUGCUGCCAUUACCAUUGUUGGGCUCAUCGUUCUGGUGGCCGUGAUUGCCAGUAAUAAGGGGGAAAAGGAUGACCAUGAUCUUGUUGCCAGCCCAAAUCUUGGAGAUGGAGGUGGAGCCAGCACCACUACCACCACCAAUGUAUCCUUGACAAAUGAAACAGGUGUAGUUCUUGUUAGUGGUGGCAACAUUAGCAAUUCCUCUGGAUCGACGACACCUAUACAAAACGGUUUUCAGACUUGUGGAUCAUACAAUCAGAGACAGGCUGACUACAGAGGAACAAUCAAUGUGACAGUAGGUGGUGUGACAUGUCAACGCUGGGAUGCACAACUACCGCAUAAGCACUCCAGGACACCUUCAAACCACCCCAACUCUGGCUUGGAAGAAAACUAUUGCCGAAACCCGGAUGGGGAACCCAUGGCUUGGUGCUACACAACAGACAGUAAAAUUAGGUGGUCCUUCUGUGAUGUUCCGUACUGCUCUGCCCCCCAAGGGUCACUUGUGCAGGAUUCUGGCCCAGGGUCACUCGUGCAGGAUUUGCCUAAUGGAUCAUGUAUUGACCAAACCAUUGUACUAAGGGAUGCAAUACUCGCAUACUUUAAUGAUAGCAGUCAAGACUCCUUGGUGGCACAGCGAUUGGGUUGGCCUAUAGGGAACUGGUGCUUUUCAUCUGAGCUGAAGAGCCUUGAAAGUGCUUUUGAGCCUCUUCUUGGUAUGGGUGAUGAAGGUAUUUCCACGGAUAUUUCAAACUGGGAUGUGUCCAGUAUCUGGGACUUCAGGAACCUGUUUGCUGGUGUCCAUGACAUUUCUUCUUACUGGGGUUUCCAAAACUGGAAUACAUCCAGUGCUGAGAAGAUGGUAGGAGUCUUUCAGGACACCAGAUGGAACCAUGAUGCCCCACCAUUGGAUCUAAGUGGAUGGGAUGUCGCCAAGGUUAGCAAUCUUUUUUCUAUGUUCCGAAGGAGCGAUGUCCAGCGGGUCAAUAUUUCCACGUGGAAUAUCCAAAGAGUUACUUCUCUCCAAAGAUUUGCAGACGAGGCAUCAAUUUUCAACGAGGACAUAUCUGCUUGGAACACCAGCAGUCUUGAAAAUUUACAGGCCACAUUCAUGAAAGCUACACUGUUCAACCAAGAUCUGUCUGGAUGGGUCACCAGCAAGGUUACAAACAUGAACAACCUGUUCCGAGACGUACCCGGUUACAAUUUUCCUAUGAAUGCUUGGGAUGUUUCUCAAGUAAAACAAAUGAGACAGACAUUCACUGGUGCCUCUGCAUUCAAUCAGGACAUUUCUGGAUGGAAUGUAUCUCAAGUGAACGACUUGAGGUGGGCCUUUCACGGUGCCAUUUCUUUCAAUCAGAAUCUCUGUGCAUGGGGAGCCUUGCUUCCGGACAACAUCCAGCUCCAGGGGAUGUUUCAGAAUACUUCCUGCCCCAACAAGGCAACUCCUGAUCUCUCCAGAGGUGGGCCUUUCUGCCACAACUGUGAUUAGUUGGGGCAUCCAUCAACCAGGAGGAGCCAAUGCUGCAUUUAGCAUACACAUUAAUAGACUCAAUAUCUACUUGCUGCUGGU